AUGUCCGCGCAGUGGGAGAUCCGCUUCAGCAACUCGCGCCGCCUGCCCUACUUCUACGACGCCGCCUCGGGACAGUCGACCUGGGAGAUCCCCGAGGGCCACACUGAGGCGACCAUCAAGUCGCUUCCUGGCGCCCACCUGCUCGAGCCCGCCAACGCGCCCGCCAACCAGGUCCGCGCCAGCCACCUCCUCAUCAAGCACCGCGACAGCCGAAGACCUAGCAGCUGGAAGGAGGAAAAGAUCACCAGGACCAAGGAAGAGGCCAUUGCGAUGCUCAAACAGCUCACAGCCGACUUCGGACCCAACCCGACGCAGGAGCAGUUUGCCAAGGUCGCCAGCGUCCACUCCGACUGCCCAUCGGCCAAGGCCGGCGGAGACCUGGGCUUCUUUACCCGCGGCCAGAUGCAGAAGCCCUUCGAGGAGGCCACCUUCAACCUGCCCGUCGGCGCCAUGAGCGACGUCGUCGACACCGACAGCGGCGUCCACUACAUUUUCCGCACUGCAUAG